UCGGCCCCCGAAACCUGAGCAGGCACGGCGGCGACGGACCGCCGGCGAGUAAGAUGAAGACGGUGAGCAUGGGCGCCCCCAGGUCCUCCACCGUCAAGUUCCGCAUGCCGACGAGGGACAACCUGGUGCCGAUACGCGUCGACGUCGAGGUGGACGGCCAGCGCUACAGGGACGCCUUCACCUGGAACCCUCGCGAUCCCGACACAGAGAUCAUGAGCUUCGCCAAGAGGACGGCCAAGGACCUGAAGCUGCCGACCAGCUUCGUCCCCCAGAUGUUCCACUCCAUCCAGGGGCAAUUGGCCGACUUUCGUUCCUACGAGGGGCAGGAUAUGCAGGUCAAAGAGAAGAUUGUGCCCCUCAAGAUUGACCUCCGGGUGAACAACACUGUAGUGAGAGACCAGUUCUUGUGGGAUAUAGGCAACCUUGAAAGCGAUCCUGAGGAAUUUGCAAGGACCUUAUGCGAUGAUUUGAACAUUACAGAUCCUGAAGUUGGGCCUGCUAUUGCUGUUUCCAUCCGCGAGCAGCUUUAUGAGAUUGCUAGUCAGAGUGUUUCAGCUAUGAGAGAAGCUAAAAUGUCAAAGAAGAGGCGAGCACCGGAAUUUGCUUCAAAUAGUAAAGCUAUGAAUAACGCAGUGGACAUGUUCAAGUAUUUUGGAAGCAAAGGGAGCGUCAUCCGGAAAAGGAAGGAGUGGUACCUGUAUGCGCCUGUUGUUGAUGUUAUUUCUAACGAGAAAACUGUAGUUGUUGCAAAGGAUGAAGCUAAACUCUAG